UGAGCCUCCACUAUGGUAAUGAACAGAUUCAGUAGCUCCUUAUGGCCCUCAGAAGUGGACUGCCUAUCACCCGGAUAGAGUACGAAGCAUCGUACAGUACAGCAUUUUCUCACCACCACCAACAACAACAACCCUCACCACCUCCCAAACCUCAGGUCCAACCCACCCCCCCUAUCCAAAAACCCCCUCCGACGCAAAAGCCAAGACCCCACUCCCACUCCCUCCCCAUCCCCGAAAUGAAGGUGAUCGAGUCCCAAACGCCCGACGGGGCAGCGCCACUCCACCCGGGGCCACUAACGGGUUUCAUGCGGAAUCCGGGCGCAAUCAAUCCCAAACCGAGCCCUAAGUGACUGGACUCAGGCAAUGGACAUAUAACCUGCAGGGUCUGCACGCCCGCACCAGCGCCAUGUAUUUCUGGCCUUCAUCAACCAAGAUCUGUGAUCUGAGGUGCUACGUACCUUUCCCUUCCUUUUCA